GAGGGGAGGAGAGGCCGCCGGCCCUCGGCCCGCGGACGGACGUCAUUUAAAACCUGAGCCGUCUCCGAGCAGCGGGGCUGAGGAGGGAGUCCCCGGGGAGUCCUCGGGUGCCGGCCGCUCUCCCCGACUGGCCGCCUGCGCUCUCGGGGCGCUCUCCUCGCUGGACGUCUUCCCGGCCCGAGCGCGGCGGCCCCCUCACUGGCACGGCCGGCCCCUCCGGGCCGCACCCUCGGCGGCGGGGGCGGCGCCAUCUCCGGCCACGGCCCCUCCUCGAGCCCCGGCCCAGUCCCGGCCCGCGGUCCCGGCAGCGGCUCGGCGUGCCGAUCCGCGCAGCGUCUCCGGGGACAUGGGGGCCCUGGUCCGGACGCUGGCCACCGGCGUGCUGCUGGCGUUGGUGCUGUCGCCGGGCCGGGCGGGCGCCCCGAGGAGCGGCCGGCGGCCGGCGCGGGGCUGCGCGGACCGGCCCGAGGAGCUCCUGGAGCAGCUGUACGGGCGGCUGGCGGCCGGCGUGCUCGGCGCCUUCCAGCACACGCUGCAGCUGGGCCCGCGGGAGCAGGCGCGCAACGCCAGCUGCCCGGGGGGCCGGCCCGACCGCCGCUUCCGGCCGCCCACCCCGCUCCGCAGCGUGUCGCCCUGGGCCUACAGGCUGUCCUACGACCCCACCCGCUACCCGCGGCUGCUGCCGGAGGCCUACUGCCUGUGCCGCGGCUGCCUGACCGGGCCGCGCGGGGAGGAGGAGCUGCGCCUGCGCAGCGCGCCCGUGCUGCUGCCCACGGUGGUGCUGCGCCGCACGGCGGGCUGCGCGGGGGGCCGCGCCGUCUACGCCGAGGAGUACGUGGCGGUGCCCGUGGGCUGCACCUGCGUCCCCGCGCCCGACCACGACGCGCCAGCCGCCGCCGAACCGGACCAAGCGGACCGCGGUGGGCAAGAGCGCUCCCAGGACGCCGGCCACGAGGAGCGGGACAGGGCCCCGCGCCGGCCCCUCCGUCCGGGAGCGGGAGCGGGACAGUGAGCGGCCCGCGGGGACCCCUCCGCCGCGGGGGCUGCUGAGGCGGAGCCGGCCUCGGUGGGGACCAGCCGCAGGGCCGGGCCGGGCCACAGCGUCAGGGAGGCAGGCGGCACCUGCUAGGACAGCAGGCCGCACGUAGGUGACAGGAGUUUCAAACUGUCUUUUUAUAAGCAUGUAUAGCUACUUAUUCCCAAUAAGGGCAGAAACUAUUUUUAUUAGUGAUUUUUAAUAUUAAAAAGUUUCACUUGCAUGUUGUAUUAACCUUGUUUUCACGUCCGCUCGCUUGCAGCAGCAGGUGGGACCCUCGGACAAACCUCCCCGGGUGCUGUGUGCCCGCUGUCAGGGGCCAGCCUCCAGGAGCUGCUGCAGGGCUAACAGGGAAGUGUACCGGGCUCAGGGCACUCCAGAGCAUCCCCGAAACCCUACACUUGGGUGUAUUUACUAGCAUACCAAUGGCUGCGGGCUUACUGAAUUAAAAUCUGUUUUUCACUUUUCAAAGUCAGUGGGGCCCAUUUGUAGGUAAGAGGUGAUGGGAUCAAGGCGACAGGUGGAACAUGACAUGGCUGCCACCUCAAGGACCCAACCUGGCUGUUUGAAGGGCUCCCGGCACUAGUCACAGAGGGGAAAUGAGCCGACUGUCCCCGGAAAGCAGUAGUGAGCCUCUCUCUCUGCCUGCUGCAGUGAGAGCUGCAUCCUUACUUCUUCAGCCUGGAAGUCUGUCCCUGAACGUAACGAUUUGUAAAAGAGCUGCUUUUAAAUCUUUGGAACGGUUGCAGGUGAAGGCACAUUGCUUGUGUGUAUUUCUUUCUCAUGGGCUCGACUGAGUUUGAGAGGAAACAAUAUGUUUAUUAAAGUCUUUGUCUUAA